CUCCCGACGGCACGGAGGAAGGCGUGCUCUGAACUACGUCUCCCAGCAGCCCGUGCUUGCCGGCUGGAGGAAGCCGUCACGUCACGGUGGUGCCUCCUGGACUUUGGGCAGAGAUUUUAAGCCUGAGAAGCGGCAGGCGACCUGACUCCAGACGUUCCUGUUCCGCUCAGCCCGUGUCUCUCCCCAGCCAAGGGCAGCUCCUCUCCCCCAGCAGCGCUGGGAUGGCGGUGCGGGUGAUAGUUCUGCCUUCCCCCAAGUGUCUGUUUGAUGACCCCAUGCAGAUCCGUGUGACAGGUCUGCUGCCGAAGGAGGAGGUCACCCUCCGAGCCAGCCUGCUGGAUGAGAGCGGGGAGCUGUUCCAAGCUCACGCUCGCUACAGAGCAGGGAGCAACGGGGAGCUCGACCUCACCCGCUCCCCAUCGCUGGGGGGCAGCUAUUUAGGAGUGGAGCCGAUGGGGCUGCUGUGGUCUCUGCAGUCUAAAGUGCCCUAUAAGCGGCUGGCAAAGAGGAACGUCCUGACCCCUUACUAUGUGGAAUUGGAAGUGUAUGAGGGCCACGGGGACACGAGCCGCUUGCUGGGAAAAUGCACCAAUGAACGAUGGUUUUUAGGAGAGGGUGUGAAGAGGAUUCCAGUCAGAGAAGGCCGUCUGAAAGCAACCCUCUUCCUCCCUGCUGGACCUGGCCCAUUCCCUGGACUUAUCGAUUUGUAUGGAUCAGGAGGAGGUCUUGUUGAAUACAGAGCAAGUCUCCUGGCUAGCAGAGGUUUUGUGACUCUGGCUCUUGCUUACAUGGCCUUUGAAGAUCUUCCUGCUAUGCCAGAGGUUCUUGAAAUGAGCUAUUUUGAGGAAGCUGUGAACUUUUUGCAGAAGCAGCAGCAGGUGAAAGAUACUGGGAUUGGCAUUUUGGGCUUGUCUAAAGGAGCCGACCUAGCCCUUUCCAUGGCGACAUUUCUACUUGGCAUCAAGGCAGUUGUCAGCAUAUCUGGAAGCGGUUUUAAUUCUUUCAUUCCUCUGAAGGGGGAUGGCUUCACUAUUCCUCCCCACCCGUAUGAUCUGGGGAGGGUGAAGACCAGUGACGAGUCUGGCCUAGUAGAUUUUUCAGAUGUCCUAGAUGAUCACAGGGACCCAGCGACUUGGGAUUGUCGCAUUCCCAUGGAGAGGUCCUCGGCCAAGUUCCUCUUCCUGUCCGGCCGGGAUGACAUGAACUGGAAAAGUGACCUCUAUUGCCAGGAUGUUGUUCAGCGCCUUCAGCAGUGUGGACGGGAAGUGGAGUUUUGCUCCUAUCCUGGAGCAGGGCACCUCUUGGAGCCACCAUACUUACCUCUGUGCCAGGCUUCAAUCCACAAAGUGCUUGGGAUGUUUGUGCAUUGGGGAGGGCAAUGGAGGGAGCAUGCCAGAGCCCAAGAAGAUGCAUGGCGCAGGAUACAGGCCUUUUUCUGGCAACACUUGAUGGACUCAGACAUCCCUAAGAGCAAGCUGUAGUGGAAGCUGUCAAAGAUGCUGAGCAGGGUUGGUAUUUCAGCUCUCACUGACUUUUGGAAACUCGUUAAAAGUUUCCUGGCCUGCCUUCCUCUAAACCCCACUGUUACAUAGCUUUUAUUUUCAUUCUCCAAAUAAUUUUCCACUUUUUUAGUAGAAUUUUAGUUGUCUUCUGGCCCAGCUGCACUGCAGAUUGGCACCAUCUGCUCUGCCUGUGUGCUGUCAUCAUCUGAGAAAACGCAGCUUCCCGUCACACGGGUUGCAUUUGUACUCAAUCUCUAACCAUCUCUUUUCUUGGACAACACAUUAGUACACUCACGUUUCCUCGUGGUAUAUCAUUUCCUCACAUUUCUUAGUAAAAACGUUGUGGCAGUUCUGAUCUCAACUAAGUAAAGAGACACUCUCCUGACUUAUUCUGAAGCACAGUAAUAAGAGUUUUGUUCUGCUACCUCAAAAAUGAGAAGUGAAUCUUACUCAGGUUACAUUGGUUGUAUGUCCUGCUGACUCCAGAUAAGUUACAUAUCAGGGUUAUGUAUCAGGGUUAUAUCACUACUCAAUAAAUACAAUAUGUAUAUAUGUAUGCACAGUUUAUUUGAAA